UCCCUAUAAGACCCUUCUCCUUCUCUCUGUCGCCAUUGGAACGUUUGAGAGCUUAACAUAAAAGAAAAAAAAUUCUUCGAUCAUCAAUGGAUUCCGAUUUUCCUCCUCUUUUUCGAUGUCCCAUUUCCAUGGAGCUCAUGGAAGAUCCGGUCACCGUCUCUACUGGCGUUACCUACGACAGAAAGAGCAUCGAAAAAUGGCUUUUCACUUACAACAAAAAAACUUGUCCGGCCACGAUGCAGACACUCGCUGCCGGUGCUGACGACUUCGUCAUCACCCCUAAUCUCACUCUCAAACGCCUCAUUCUCGCUUGGAAAAUCAACGAUUCUGCCUCGACGCCGGCGACGGCGCUCGAGGAAGUCUCGUCGCUUCUUGCCACUGUUGAGUCUUCUCCAUUCAAGGUUAGUUCUUUGAGGAAAUUGAGAUCGAUGAUCGAAAUGAAUGAUGGGAUGAAAUCGGAAUUUGUUAGAUUGAGUGGGAUUGGGAUUGUUGUUAAUGUUGUGAUUCAAAUUCUCAUUGAUUGUUCUGAUUUCUCGACGUUGGAGACUUGUGAAGAGGCUUUGGGCGUUCUGUGUCAGUUUCCGAUUUCAAAUGAAGAUAAACUGUUCGACGAAAUGUAUAAGAGAGAAGAAUUGAUGAAAUCGAUUACUGUUGUUCUACAAAGGGGAAGUGCAGAAGGGCGUUUUUACGCUGUGAAAAUCCUUAGAAAUAUUGCUAAAAACACCAAUUACAAUUGGGGAUCUGUUAUGGAAGAACAGGCGAUUGAUUUCUUCAAGCCAUUGUUGGAACUUGUCUCGGACGAAUUUCCCACAAAGGCUAGCUCAUGUGCAUUAGAUGUAAUGAUAGGAAUUCUCUCAUCCUCGAAAAGGAGUCGAGUGAAGGCGAUCGAAGCUGGGGCAGUGUGGAUUCUGAUCGAGCUUUUACCGGAGUCGGGGAGAUCGAAAUGCGAGAGAAUGCUGCAGAUUUUGCAGAGUUUAUGUGAAUGUGCAGAAGGGAGAUUGGCUUUGGUAGAACAUGGGAUGGGAAUUGCAGCUGUGACUAAGAAGAUUUUGAAUGUUUCAUAUGUAGCAACAAAAAUUGGAGUGAAGAUUUUGCUUUGGAUUAGUAGUUUUCACCCAAGGGAAAGGGUUGUAGAUGAGAUGAUGGCAUGUGGGGCAGUGAAGAAGCUGCUGAUGAUAUUACACAUGGACAGCGUCGGUGUCGGUGACGGUGGCCGGAGUUCGACGAAGGAGAAGGUGAUCAAGAUUUUGAAGAUGCAUGGGAAUAAAUGGAGGCGUAGUCCUUGUUUUCCCAGUGAGUUGAAGAAUUAUUUGAAGUUUGUGAAUGAUGAAUGAUAUUGAUCUUUGCUAAAGAAAUCAAAUCAACAUACUAUAGGAAAUAAUAAUAAUAUUCAUAUGGCGUUUGUAACACAUUUUUGCUCAAUCUUAAUUGAGUUUUGGAAAUAUAUAGUAAUUGAAUAGGGUGUUUUUUUUUUCAAUAUAUGAUGAUUGAGUUUUGUUUUUGGGUUACUCA